AUGGUGGAGAAGAAGAAGAAGAAGAAGACGGCGAAGGCGAAGGCGAAGAAGCGACGUCGAUGUUGUUGUGUGGCAGAAGACCCAAAGUUGGCCGUUCACUCCUUCAUCCUGGAUCCAUGUUUUUUUUGCCCUCGGCGGUUCAACAACAAGCUUGCCCGUCCUCUUCCCCAGACAUGGUCCCCCUAA